GGCAAGAGGAGCUUGAAAGUAGGACACAUUAUUACAACAGUGGACGAACCUAACCCUGAAGUGACUUAAAGCAGUGUUUGUUGAUAGAAGCCUACAGCAUUAUUAAUCUAAGCCUUAAAAUGCACCCACGCUAGUUUGAAAUGUGCGUGACUCUGCUGUAGACCAGGACCAGGGAGAAAACGAGGAUUCUUAGCAAGGUUAACCUAGACCUUAGAAGAGUGUAUUAUCUCCCAUCCAGUGCUUACAAUAUUUGCCUCACGGUUAAAAAAAUUAUAUUUGUGUGUCACCUGCUUUGGAUUCCCCCAUCAAAUUCUUUAUCAGUUUAUUGAAAACAAGACCAUUCAAGAUGGAAAGCAUGUUAGCAGCCAUGAACAAGAAGAUUGUCCCAUUACAAGAAUAUUUUCUUCAAGGCAGUGUAUUAGAUGCAUCCAGAGACAUUCUUCUCCAUAGAUUGAGAGGCAUUUGCGAUAACAUUGGAGGAAUUGAAAAAUUCCAAGACCAUGAAAUGGUUUAUACAAUUGGCACCAAUGCAAAUAAUGUGUUACAACUCAGAGCCAGACGGGCACUUGAUGACCCAGAAGCACCAUGGCUUUUGCGAUAUGUUGGUGAGCCCGAUUUUGGGGACAGAAGCAAACAUACACUUGUGAGAAGUAGCAUUGAUGUUGGUACCUCAGAUAAUUUGGUGCAGUUCCUCACUGAAAUGGGCUUUAGGUUGGAUCAUGAGUUUGUAGUAAGCGGCCAUUUUUUUAGGAAAGGAAGAAUGAAAAUAACUGUUUCAAAGAUAUACAGGUUGCUCCAACCUGGUGACACAGAUAAAGUGGAAGCUCUGUCAAAGUCAUACCUAGUAGAAUUAGGAGUGGUUACAGUGUCAGGGCAGGACCAAGUGCAAGAAGAAAUGAAGAACUUUGCUGAACAUCUAAAACCACUAGUUCAUCUAGAAAAGACAGAUUUGAGAAAACUUCAGCAGAUGGGGACAUGAACAAAUUGUUGUAUACUGGAAUGGUAUGAUCAGCCCAUGUUUGUCAUAUUUGCUGUUGUCAGUGUCACUGCAAGUACUUCAGGAUUUUGGAAACAAACAUUUUAAAAAAUGAAAAUCCAGAAAAAGAAAUGCUACAGUUGUCAUUUACAGCAGUUACUGUAAUCUAAUAUUUGAAGGAGAACAGUUUUAGUCUUCAUUUUCAGGGCAGUGGUCCUGAAAAACCAACCUGAAGGUUCCACUGUUCUAUUUGACAGAAAGGGGAUGUGGCACUUUUUAUAUCCACUCACGCAUUGAGACUAUCAAUUUGUCAAAGAAUGUAUUCCAUUCUGGACAUGUCUCCUGCUACAGGAUAAUUAAUAACUAAAAAAAUUGAACUUUUUGAAAUUUUAAAAAGCUCUCAUUGCCUAAUAAAGUUAAAGAAGAUAAUGCUUUCAUAAACACCAUGUAUGGCUUGCAAAGCUUUUGAAAAUACAGAACAUGAAACAUUUACAAGUUCAAAGAAUAAAAAAGAAAUAAAGAUUAUACAAUACAGCAACCCUGGUUAGUGAUAAUGAGAGGUCUAGACGGAUGAUGCUGAUGAUGGAUGAUGGUGGAUGAUGGAUGCUUUGUGAUGUGGUGGCUGCAUGCUGAUACUA